AUGCCUAAAGAAAAAGGGAAGAGUCGUUCAGGACCAACUAGAGGUUCAACUUAUGGCCGUCCACAGCAUGGUAUUGAGCAAAUGCCGGCUCCAGAUGUUGGUGAAAGUUUGACAUUGGUGCCAAGUACUGCUGCGGUGAACUAUGCCGAUUUAUCAGUGGAGGUGUUCUCCAUCUCCUCCUGGUACAACGAAAUCUUGCGCUUUCUGGUUCGUGUGAUACACUUCUUCGAUGCCUCGCCAAUCACGAUGGAGCAGAAGUCCCAGCUGUGUUGAAUGCCGAUCCGAGACCCAGCUCAACACCAGAAUACUCAUCUGAAUCCCUCUUUUCACUGGCGUCGGACCUUAUUCCUCUUCUCCACAACGUUUUGGCCCAGCAAAAUGGGCAACUUUAGCCAGCAUGUUAACAUCUCUGGCAAAAGUUUUGGCUUCUUUUCCAAAUUUACCAAAAAGGCUUGAAGAACAAAUUCUAAAGGGUGAGUUUGUCGAUUUUUAUUUGCUUCUCCAGGGUAAUUCAGACCAUCCUAGUCUUGCCCCUAUCUGCCUUCCAUGGAGGGUGACCAAGGUCUCACAAUCCGAAUUCCCUUCUCAAAUUUCGGAAAGCAUGCUAAAGUUGACAACAUAG